UUAUCUUACCGCAUAUUUUAUUGUGCAGAUUAUGUUUGCCUGUCAUUGAAGUAAACUCCUGAAACAUUCUCAGUUUCUCUCUCUCUUUUCCCUUGUCUUUUAUGUCUAUUUGUUAUUUUAUGGUAUCAUGUCUUCUCAUUAUCUUCUCUGAAUCCCGGCAAAUUCCCACAAAAAACACUUUGCCUUCUAGCUCAUUAUCAUACCAUCUUUCUCUGCAAAUUCAGCUUGCAGACUUUGCUUGUGUCUCUUCUUUAACAACACCAGUCAACUUUUCCUCUGCUCCUUUUGCCUACUGAGAACAAAAGUUCAACCUUCUUUCUUUCCCAGAUCACCAAAAUAUUCACCCAUAAAUCUUCAAAAAGCUGCUAUUUAUUCAUCUUUUUUCCUCUACUUUGUGCUUUUCUCUCCAAGUUCUCGAAUCUUCAACCUUUUUGUCACCAUCCUCUUUUUUCUCUAGGCCUUGAAAAAUUCUUUACUUUGUUCCUCCUGGACCUUGAAAGAAACUGCUGAAUUUUCUUGCUAGAAGGUUCACAUCCUCCUCAUCCAUUGAAGAUUCUUCUUCUCAUCUACUAUUUGUUAAUUGUUUUGAACAAUAUGUGCUCGGAGACGAGUCCUAGAAUAUCAUUUUCCCAUGAUCUUUGCCAGGCAGAGGUCGCAGAAGAAAUCAAUGAAAUGGAAUCUCGAAGGGACACAAGGCUUUUGGACUCAAAUCCGGAUUUUGAAUUUAUUAGUUCAAGCUGUUUUGCUCAAGAAUCGUCUUCAGCUGAUGAACUUUUCUCCAAUGGCGUGAUUCGUCCCGUACAAAUUCAAGCCAAUAUUGUUGCUCCUUCAAAACGUUCAUCUUCUUCACCUGCCGUUUCUCUUCCUCCUCUUCACUGUCCUCCGGUGAAGAAAGACACCAGUGUGAGGGAACAAAAGCCGCAGCAGGCGAAAUCUUUCUGGGGUUUUAACAGAAGUUGCAGCCUCAAUCAUGAAGCUAAGAAAAGUUUGAUCUUUUCUUUGCCGCUUCUAUCUCGAAGCAAUUCAACUGGUUCAGUGGUUAAUCACAAAGCGAGGUCUUCAUCAACUUCAAAUGCAUACCGAAAGCCUCCAUUGAAGAAAAGCUUUGUGGGUUCUUACGGAAAUGGUGUCAAAAUUAGUCCUGUGUUGAAUGUGCCAACUCCUUACAUAUCUAAAUGUACUGCAAAUUUCUUUGGAUUGGGGCCUCUGUUACGCAGUCGAUCAAAAGAUAAGAAAAAUAACAAGAAGUGAAAUUUUUUACUUGGUUUGCUUUCAAUUGAUUUUAAAUUAUGAGCCAUGAAGAAUUAAUGUUCUUGUUUGUGUUGAAUAUGUCAUGAUUAGGGAUGGCAACAGACCAAGUAAGGGAAGAAUACCCUAAUUCUUGUUCGUGUCUUCAUCUUCAUGCGAAUAACAUGGAAUUUUUGUCC